AUGUCUCGCGUUCUUCUUACCGGUGGCAGCGGUUUCAUCGCUACACAUGUCCUCGAGACCCUUCUUGCUCGUGGUCACUCUGUUGUGACAACUGUUCGCUCCCACCAGAAGGGCCAAGGAAUUCUAGAAGCUCACCCCGGGCUUCAGAAAGACCGUCUGGACUAUGCUAUUGUGGAAGAUAUAAGCCAAGCGAAUGCUUUCGACAAGGCGGUUCUAUCCGAGCCACCUUUUGAUGUGGUCAUUCACACAGCGAGUCCGUACCAUUUCAAUGCAAAGGAUGCGAAGGAACUCAUUGAACCGGCUGUCAUUGGUACUACGGGAAUUAUGAAAUCUGUGCAGCAGUUUGCUCCAUCGGUUAAACGUGUCAUCGUCACUUCUUCAUUCGCUGCAAUCAACAAUAUCUAUACCCAAGGGAAGGGGAAGAUAUACUCGGAGGCCGACUGGUGCCCUAUCACUGGAGAACAAGCCAACGAAAGCCCAGCCAAUGCCUACCGAGCAAGCAAGACAUUUGCUGAACGAGCUGCAUGGAAAUUCAUCGAGACUGAAAAGCCCUCUUUUGAUUUGGCUGUCAUCAAUCCACCUCUUGUUCUUGGCCCGAUCGCCCACAAUCUUGCAUCUCUUAGCGCCUUGAAUACCUCUAACCAGCGAAUCAGAGACUUGAUCACUGGUGCAGCCAAGGACAGUUGCCCUCCUACUGGGAACUAUGGUUAUGUUGACGUGCGCGACCUCGCACUCGCUCAUGUGCUCGCAAUUGAGAAGCCCGAAGCUGGAGGAAAGCGAUUCUUUACUGUGUCGAGUCACUUCUCCAACAAGGAGAUCGUGGAGAUCAUUGCAGAGGCGUUCCCUGAAUUUCAGGACAGGUUGCCUUCUGGCGACGGGCUGAUCCCUGGUGAUUACCCGGCAGAUGGAGUUUAUGGAUUUGACAACUCUCGGAGUCGAGAGGUUCUAGGACUUGAGUUCAGGAAUUUGAAGGAGAGUAUUGUUGAUGCGGUGCACAGUUUGUUGGCUGUUGAGCCCGAGCUUGCGAACUGA